GGACGGCUGUUCUCAGCGACGGGCCCUGCACGCGCUCCUGAGCAGCGGCCAUGGGCCUGCUCGCCUUCCUGAAGACGCAGUUCGUCGUGCACCUGCUCAUCGGGUUCGUGUUCGUGGUGAGCGGGCUGGUCAUCAACUUCGCGCAGCUCUGCACGCUGGCCGUCUGGCCCGUCAGCAAGCAGCUCUACCGCCGCCUCAACUGCCGCCUCGCCUACUCGCUGUGGAGCCAGUUGGUCAUGCUUCUGGAGUGGUGGUCGGGCACGGAGUGCACUCUGUUCACGGACCAGGCCACGGUGGACCGCUUCGGGAAGGAGCACGUGGUCAUCAUCCUCAACCACAACUUCGAAAUCGACUUCCUUUGUGGGUGGACCAUGUGCGAGCGGUUUGGCGUGCUGGGGGUGAGCCACGGGGUCCCCGGCCAGGUGCUGGGGAGUUCCAAAGUGCUUGCUAAGAAGGAGCUGCUCUAUGUGCCCCUCAUUGGCUGGACGUGGUACUUCCUGGAGAUNGUGUUCUGCAAGCGGAAAUGGGAGGAAGACCGGGACACUGUCAUCGAAGGGCUGAAGCGCUUGUCCGACUACCCCGAGUACAUGUGGUUUCUCCUGUACUGUGAGGGGACACGCUUCACGGAGACCAAGCACCGCGUCAGCAUGGAGGUGGCCGUCUCCAAGGGGCUGCCCCCGCUCAAGUACCACCUGCUGCCGCGGACCAAGGGCUUCACCACCGCGGUCCAGUGCCUCCGGGGGACAGUCGCAGCUGUCUACGACGUCACCCUGAACUUCAGAGGAAACAAGAACCCGUCUCUGCUGGGCAUCCUCUACGGGAAGAAGUACGAGGCAGACAUGUGCGUGAGGAGGUUUCCUCUGGAGGAGAUCCCGCUGGAUGAGAAGGAGGCAGCUCAGUGGCUUCACAAACUCUACCAGGAGAAGGACGCGCUGCAGGAGAUGUACAAUCAGAAGGGCGUUUUCCCAGGGGCACAGUUUAAACCUGCCAGGAGACCGUGGACCCUCCUGAAUUUCCUCUGCUGGGCCACCGUCCUCCUGUCCCCUCUCUUCAGUUUCGUCUUGGGCGUCUUUGCGAGCGGCUCUCCUCUCCUGAUCCUGGCGUUCCUGGGGUUUGUGGGAGCAGCUUCCUUCGGAGUUCGCAGACUGAUAGGAGUAACCGAAAUAGAAAAAGGCUCCAGCUACGGAAACCAAGAAUUUAAGAAAAAGGAAUAAUUAAUGGCUGUGAUUGAACACACACAACCUGGCGGUGGUAUCCUAUUAACUCGAUUAAAACAGAACACACACAGAGCGGAGGACAAAAAGACACUUAGAAACUAUUUUUCUUAUUAACUGGUGACUAAUAUUAACAAAUAAAACUUGAGCCAAGAGUGAGAGGUCGGAAGGC